CAGACAGCCGCCACCAGGAAGGAGCUGGGCGGUCAGACCCGGUGCACAGGGACCCGGCGGUGCGGUUGUGCACCGUCCGGCCGGCUGCACGCGGUGGCUCACACCACUAUCAGCUGGGGAGGCGUACCGGUGGUGGGCAGAGGUCUGUCCCAGAGGGUCAGACAGUCCACGGGCAGCAGCAGAGCGGCUCAGCCGCUCCGAACUGAUUGAGCCAACCGACACUCAACAGGCUCGUCAAUAUGUCGAUCCGUGCGCAGUUAAUGCUGGCGCCAGUGAUGGUUCUGACGACCGUCCUCAUCGCCCAGGCCGCGGCCGACCCGCCGUACAAGGUGGUCUGCUACUUCGAGAGCUGGGCGGUCUACAGGCCCGGACUGGGCAGUCAUGACGUGGAGGACAUCGACUUUGACCUGUGCACCCACCACAUCUACACGUUUGCCGGACUCAACACCAACCACAAGAUCCACUCGCUGGACCCCUACCACGACCUCUACAACAACUACGGAGAGGGUGCUUACCUUCGCUUCACGGGCAUGAAGGAGACUCACCCUCAGAUUAAGACCAUGAUUUCAAUCGGCGGCUGGAACGAGGGAUCCAAAAAGUACUCACAAAUGGCAUCGUCGGCCGAGUACCGGGCGACCUUUGUCCAGAGUGUGGUCGACUUUCUGGCCAAGUACAAAUUCGACGGACUGGACCUGGACUGGGAAUACCCCACGCUGCGUGGUGGCGCGCCAGAGGACAAGGAGAACUUCGUCCUGCUGCUGAAGGAUCUGAGCGAGGCCCUGCGACCGAGAGGGCUGCUGCUCUCCGCUGCCCUCUCGCCGGGUAGACAGAAUAUCGAGCCGGCCUACGACCUCGACGAAAUGGUCAAGUACCUGGACUUCAUGAACGUGAUGAACUACGACUACCACGGCGACUGGGACCCGUUCAUCGGCCACAACGCGCCCAUGUUCCUCACGCAGAAGGACGUGGAGCACGGCGAGCCGUUCCAAUGGUUCAGUCUGAACUAUACGAUGAACUACUACCUGGGACGAGGCGUGCCCGGCUCUCAGUUGAUGAUGGGAUUCCCCCUGUACGGCCGCGGGUUCAAGCUGCAGGACCCGUCCAAGCACGCGCCGUACGACCCGUCCAACGGCCCCAUGGACGGGUGUCCGUACAGUGAGGAGCCCGGAUUCUGCGGCUACAAUGAGCUCUGUGAGCGGAUCUUCAGCCAGAGCGGGUGGACGGACGUACACGAUGGUGACAUGCAGGCAAUUUACAGCUACAAGGGCAGCAACUGGAUCGGCUGGGACGACCUCAACAUCGUCAAACUGAAGUUGGACUACCUGAAGAGUAUCGGAGUGGGCGGCGCCAUGUUGUGGUCGAUUGACACGGACGACUUCCGCGGUUUGUGCGGACCAAAGUACGCCAUCGCCAACCUGAUCUGGAGCGAGCUGAACGGAGCCGCCGACUCUGAGGGCCGGGAGUAGGGUCACAUCCUGGAGGAGCAGCGAGUAGUGACCCUCCCUGCUGCCGUGAGGUGUCCAGCAGUGGGGUGUGGUGUGCCAUAAAACGUUAGACCGGGAUCUGUGUUACGUUAGGGAUCUUUACAGUGCAGUGUUCAACGGGGUGCUAUUUUUGCGAUUACAAUACAUAUGAAAUGUGCAUGAGCAUUGAA